AUGAUGUGCAAUUCAAAUAGUUUGUUAAACUAUGUUCAAGGAAGUAGCAUCAAUACCAUUACUAUUUAGUUACUACAAAAGUGCGGCAUUAAAAAAAAACAUUCGUUCAGGGAAUUUUUAAAGUUUUAGUAAUACGACUGUCAUUUUCCAUGAUUUUAUUUAAUCGACCUAGUUAACCAGGUUUCACCUUUUCUCGGUAAAGCAUCAAAAGAACUACCAAGUAAAGAGGGAGUGAUCAUUCCUGGGUCCCCAGGGACCUACCUGUUGCAAAUCGGUGCCACAACUCUGAUAGAAGUACGGAGAAGCUUUUUAUAGAAGUAAGCACCCUGAACACAAGAUGUCAGAAGUAUUUGCAUCUAACACUUCAGCAUGGCCAAUUGAAUAUGAUUCUUACAAGUUAGGAGAAGUUAUAGGUAUGGGAGCGACAGCAAUUGUCCAUAAAGCUGUUUGCAUACCACGUACUGAAGAAUGUGCCAUAAAACGAAUUAACCUUGAGAAAUGGAAUACCAGUAUGGAUGAGUUGGUGAAAGAAAUCCAAGCAAUGAGUGCAUGCCAUCAUGAAAAUGUAGUGAGAUAUUACACUUCAUUUGUUGUAAAGGAAGAACUGUGGUUGGUGAUGAAACUAUUAGCUGGAGGUUCAUUACUGGAUAUAAUCAAACACAAAAUGAAGACUGAAGAUUGUAAGCAUGGUGUAUUUGAUGAAGCUACAAUAGCAACUGUUUUGAAAGAGGUUUUGAAAGGUUUGGAAUAUUUCCACAACAAUGGGCAGAUUCACAGGGAUAUCAAAGCUGGAAAUAUAUUGUUAGGUAGUGAUGGGUCUGUUCAAAUAGCUGAUUUUGGUGUUAGUUCCUGGUUAGCCACUGGUGGUGAUCUGUCCCGUCAAAAGUCUCGACACACCUUUGUUGGUACACCAUGCUGGAUGGCACCAGAAGUAAUGGAACAGGUUACUGGUUAUGACUUCAAAGCAGAUAUCUGGAGUUUAGGAAUUACAGCCAUUGAACUUGUGACAGGCACUGCUCCAUACCAUAAGUAUCCUCCCAUGAAGGUACUUAUGCUUACUCUCCAAAAUGAUCCUCCAACAAUUGACUCAAGUGUUGAAGAAAAGGACCAAUAUAAGAAUUAUGGAAAAUCCAUUAGAAAAAUGAUAAUAGACUGUCUACAGAAAGAUCCUAACAAACGGCCUACUGCUACAGAACUUUUGAAGCAUCCUUUCUUCAAAAAAUCUAAAGACAAAAAAUAUUUGGUACAAACUUUAGUUUCCUGUGGACCAACUCUUGAGACCAGAGCUCAGAAGCUCAAAGACAAUAGAAAACGUGGUGCUAGUGGUCGUCUCCAUCGAACUGAAACUGGGGACUGGGUAUGGUCUUCUGGUGAAGAGAGCGAGGACGAUGAUUCAAUCAAUGAAAAGUCUGAGGUUCAGAAUAAUCAACAGGAAACACUUGUAAACCAGACUCGGGAAGUUCAUGCACCCACUUCACAUCAACAGGCACCUGUUUCCUCUCAACCACAAACCCAAAAGUCAACCUUGAUUGAGCAACAGCAACAUUUGGUUAAUACUCAGAAUGGAACAAUUAGUUCAGGAAGACCCACCCAACCAGCAACACCAUCAAUAUCUGAAGUUAGAGAAGGUCCACCUACAUAUCAUCAGAAUCAACCACUGGCACAAAUAGCUAGGUAUCCAUCUCAUGAACAUGAAGCUCAGCUAGUUGCAAAUCAAUCAUGUGUAGUCUCCCCCCAGAUCCCAGCCCAGAAUCAUGUUGGAGGAAUGACUCCUAAUACCUUCCAGACAAUACAAGGAGAAGUAAGCUCCACAAUAAAUCUGGUCCUUAGGAUAAGGUAAGCCCUGUGUACAAAGAAGAAGAAUACCUUUCCUAAUAUGUGUGUGUGUAUAUAUAUAUAUAUGAGACAAAUGCAAGGAAGUACCCACCAGAGAAGUGAAAAAAUAGUGAUUAAGUUUAUCUUCCUUCAGUAUAUGGUUAUUUUUUGUGUCAUAGUUACACACAGAAAAUACAUCUUUUGAA